AUGCCUGUCCGGGAAUCGCGCCCAAUGUCGAAGCUGGGGAGGCUGGUCAUAUCGCUGUCUCUAUCGAGCCUGAUUGCAAACGCCUACGCCGCCAGUGCCAAAAACUGCACGUCGUCAGCGGAUAAAAUUUACCAAACACUCUACAUCGACUCAUGGAUCAAUCGUGGUAUCUGUGUCAGGUCAGGAGGUGAAGCAGCUAUCUGCAACCAGGCACUUCAACUGAGCUUUAAAAACCUUGAUGAUAAUAGGAAGGCAUUGUAUGCAGCGGCCGCCAAUGUCCUGGCUCUUUUACCUACUAUCGGUGCACUGCUAGGCGCUCCAACUACGGAGAGUUGGCGUCUGGUGACCGUGAUACCAUUUGGAGGCUUCCUUGCAAUGACACUAUCAUUUGGAAGUUCUAUCCUUCCGAUAAACAUAGAUGAUUACAGGAACGACGCAGAUGGCAACACGAUGACCGACGGAAAAGUUGAGCCCUCGCACAAUGCUCCAUCUGGACGCCUGGGAGCAGCGCAGAAAGGAAUAGAUGGGUAUUUUGACCAAGUGGUGGACAGGAUCUUGGUUCGUGUACGCCAAAACGAGAGCCAACGUCUAGCGAAAGGCCACAUUUGGAUAGGACUGUUAGGCAUGAUCGUACUCUCAGCUGGCGCACAAGUGGCGAUGGCCAUAACCGAGCAGGGUGGUGUUCUAGUUUGGUACUGUAUCUCCAGAUAUUGGUUUCACCUGUGGUACUUUUUGGUUACCGCGACCGCGAUUACUGAAAGUUUGGCUCAGCUCCCUUUCAAAGAAAACUGGAAAUUAUUUGUGUCAGACGUCCCAUACGACAUCAGCAUUCAAGACGGUGAUAGCAUCCUUCCGAAACUCGAGGACUCAAACGCUAGCGCCAAACAGGUGCUACAUCAGCUCGCCAGCGUGAAGGCCGGGGAAGCGAUUCUCCAUGGCUCGAAGCAAUUUACUCGGCCACGGAAUGCCAUCUUAGUCAUGAUAUCAGUCAUAAGCAAGGGCGAUCAUCGAUCCAAGUCAGUCUUGCGUCUUAUCAGUAAAUGCUUCAGUAUCGGUGUCUUUGUCUUUGGUACAGCAACUUUUGCUUCGGCACAAUUGAUUGCAUUGCCUGUUGCCACACUAGUAUUGAUAUUGAUCCUCGCUGCCGCACUUUUUGCACGGGCCAUUACAGGAUGGAUCGUUGCUGGUGUCAACACGACCGAGCCUCUAAUUCAUGUAAUCGUCAACACGACACAAGAGGCACAAUGUUUGAUCGGCCGAAUUCUUUCCCUCGAUGAGUAUGACAGUCAAAAGACGGAAGAGAACAAGUCCGGAAAGAUUCAAGUAGAGUUAGGUGGUCAUGUUUUUGUGAAACAACGUCGCGUCGGCUCUCGAUCUCGCUGGUACCUCAGGAUUCUGGGUGUCUUGGCUGAACCAUUCGAUUUAAGGAAAGUAAACCAAUCUGAUCCUCAUCUCAAAACCGUCCCUGCGGAAACGGGUAAUAGCGAGGUUGAGCUGGGCUUGCUAAGAGAACAAACCCUUGGACAACAUUGA